UCACCUGCACAGGGUGAGCACAAUCUGGCGCAUCGAUUUGAGCAUUUCCAUAUUGAUAUUCAAGUUUGUUCACGUAUUUUCAAACCGUUUCGUUGUCUUGGUUGCGUUUAUUAAAAUUUUAAAGCAUUUUCAGCAAGUUUUGUACAUUGAUAACUUGAUUGCUCCCAUAUAUAUUGAUGUGGCUCGCUCUAGCUAGUUUGUGAAUUCUGCAAGUUCAAGUUCGAGGUCAAGGGACUUGAUCUUGAUUGCUGAUUGUCGCCUAUUUUUGUAAACGGCAGUCGCGGCCCGGCCGCUCUCCCCACCCCGACAGUAUGGUGUCGGCCAGCGAGGCGAAGGAGGCGCGCGCCAAGGUAGAGCAGUUCAAAAAGUCUGUCACCGACGAGGGCGAGCGCCUGGUGAAGGAGGUGUUCCCGCAGCGCAUCCUGGAGCUGAACGACCUGCUGGCCAAGCCGCCGUUCACGGCCACCGACCUGACGCAGUUUCACAGCGCGCUCAACAUUCCCGUGCCGGAGCCGCGCGACACAGCCGAGCAGCCGGCCAAGCGGCGUAAGCUGAGCGGCGACAAUGGUGUGGCGGCUGCUGUGGAUGGCACCAAGGUGAUGGCUCUCCCCAGCGGACCCGUGCCCUGCAACAAACUCAUCAGCGAAAUCAUCGAGACGCUCAAACCGAUUAUCCGGCAAAUUAUGGAGGAGACAAAUCUGCUCAAAAUGUGGGUCACAUACAUGAUUCCGAAGAUCGAGGACGGCAACAACUUUGGCGUCUCGAUCCAGGAGGACACCCUGGGCGAGGUGUCGUCGGCCGAGUCCGAGGCGGCCACCUUCUUCCAGGAGAUGUCGCGCUACUAUAGCUUCCGGGCCAAGUUGAUAUCCAAGGUGGCCAAGUACCCGCACCUGGACGACUACCGGCGGUCCGUGCAGGAGAUGGACGAAAAGGAGUUCAUCUCUCUGCGACUGACGCUCGUCGAAAUCCGCAACCGCUACUCGACGCUACACGACGUCAUCAGCAAGAACCUGGAGAAGAUCAAGAAGCCGCGUUCGGUGAACUCGCAUGACACGAUGUACUGAGGCGGCGCGGCGGCGAACACGGUGAAAAUUGUCAGGUUGUGGUCGUAGCGGGUGGGUGAGGCACGGCGCGGCGCGUUCUGUGAAUGGGCGGCCGGGUGUCCGCGCCCGGUCGGGUCAGUGUGCGCCUGUCCGUACCGCGGGCCUGUGAUGUCGCUGCAGUCGGGGUGAUGUGCGCUUAUCUGUUGGUGCCACCGCGUGGCCGUCGCAGUCUGUUCCAUGUCUUUUGUCAUCAGUCCGCACUCAGUCACUACUCUUUUCGUGUUAACUCUGUGAGAAGCCAGGAGGAAAAUCAGCUCGUGGGUGGAGCCAAAUAUAAAUUUGUAGACAA